AUGAGCAACAGCACAGUUGGAAGUCGAAGAUCUUACGGAACAGCGAGGGAAUUCCAGGAUCCGGCGUACCGAUCCGCACCAUCGGAUCGCUGUAGAAUGGCUGUGAACAUGAAAAAGAACUAUCUGAAGCUGCUCAUGCAUUUCAGACGUCAUGAUCUGAACGAGUUUGUAGAAGAACAUGACCGAUUGUUUGGUGAGGCGAAAAUCAGCGGUGAUCAUCUGGCGGUCACCUCCCAUUACUACUCAGUUAUGUCUAAAGUUAUCGAUGAGUAUUUUGGAGGAAAUUUUCACUUUGCACCGCCGAGGCAUGAGAAGUUGUCGCUCGAAGAGGCUCUGGCGGAUCUUCAUCGGAAAAUUGGCCAGCGUCUCGGAUUAAGCGCUGGUAUGUCGUGCGUGGAUAUCGGUUGUGGCAUUGGUGGAGUGAUGAGGGAUCUGGCACCAACUCAGGCCAACCUAAUCGGGAUCACGAUUGCGGCGAACGAGGUGGAACUU